AUAAACCCGCGUGUGUAAUACACGUACACGGUCACAUACCUACUAAUUUAUAACCAAGGUCUCCAAGAACGAUUAUCUCCAAGCCCUGGCAGAAGUAUUUCGUUUCCAUGUCUGUUGAGAUCAAACUCUCUCGAUCGAAUCGAACCUACCGUCCCCAUGAACCUCUUCAGGGAAAAAUCAUCACCAAAUUUCCCUCAUCAGUCUCUCACCGUGGAAUCCACUUAACCGUCAAUGGUUCUGUCAAUUUGCAGGUUCGUGGUGGUUCUGCCGGACUCAUUGAAUCGCUUUACGGUGUUCUGAAGCCUAUUCCAAUACUGAAGAAGAGCAUUGAGGUUGAACCAUGUGGGAAGAUUAGUGCAGGCACAACACAGAUACCAUUUUCUAUUAUUCUCAAACAUAAAGAAGAGGAUACCAAAUUCUAUGAAACUUUUCAUGGAGCAAACAUUAACAUCCAGUAUCUGCUAACUGUAGAUGUUGUGAGAGGAUACCUACAUAAAUCAUUCUCUGCUACAGUGGAGUUCAUAAUCGAAAGUGAAUUAGGUGGUCUCCCAGAGAAACCAGUCUCUCCUGAAACGGUCUUCUUUUAUAUCACUCAAGACACACAAAGGCACUCUUUGCUUCAUGAACUGAAAUCAGGUGGUUUCAAGGUAUCUGGUAGAAUUUGCACUCAGUGCCUUGUAGGUGAUCCUUUAGUGGGAGAGGUAACAGUUGAAGCAUCUGCAGUCCCUAUCUACUCCAUUGACAUUCACUUGCAUCGCAUCGAGUCGAUUAUGGUGGGGGAAAAGAUAGCCACAGAAACAUCCGUACUUCAGACUACUCAGAUAGCAGAUGGAGACGUUUGCCGAAGUAUCUGUCUGCCUAUUUAUGUCAUACUUCCCCGGCUUUUGACAUGUCCAACUGUGUUUGCUGGACCAUUUUCAGUGGAGUUUAAAGUUACCAUCGUUGUUACAUUUCAGACAGAAUUGUACAACGUGCAACCAAAAUCUGAUCCCCGAGCUUUUAGAAAAUGGGUUGCAAUGGAAAGUCUUCCUCUGGAGUUGGUUCAAUCUCAGUGAUCUGUUGUGUUUGAAUGUAUAUAUAUAUAUAUAUAUAUAUAUAUAUAUAUAUAUAUAUAUAUAUAUAUAUAUAUAUAUAUAUAUAUAUAUAUAUAUAUAUAUAUUCCCUGAGGUGUGUAUUUGAUUCCACUACCUUUUUCACUGUCUUCUGGACAAUAGCUUUUUAAAAACAUAAUGUUUAUAUUUUGGUUGUGCAUUUUAUUUGGUGAUCGGGAGUGUUGUUCAUUUUCACCUUUAUUAACAAAGGUUUAGGAGAAACUGUAACCUUGAGGUAAUGUAAUGGCAAACCGUAAAUGCUAGUGCUUUUUGUUUUAA